AUGUCUGUGAUAGACAAUCCCGGCGAUGGUUAUUAUAUGCCGCACCAUACGGUCAUUAAAGAACCAAGCAAUACCACUAAGAUAUUAGAUAUUACGUGGGAUCCAUAUAACAAUAAAAUUUGUUACUCGACGCGCCCGACCAAACCCACGGGGAGGUUAACGAAACGAACUAUAUUAUCCGAAAUCGCGAAGAUUUUCGAUCUAUUGGUUUUGAUGAGCCCUGUACGCUCGAUCGGGGAGCGCGGGAAUGUCGUUAACAAUCUAGUAUGCGCUAAAUUACGAGUCGCUCCGCUAAAACCUAUCACCAUACCGCGACUUGAACUCUGCGGUGUAUUAUUAUUGACGCGACUGUAUCUAUUACACUGGCUAAAAACGUCACCUCAUCUACUCAAAACAUUCGAAUUCACGCGAGUCGCGGAGGUUCAAGAACUCACCGGUAUCAUUAAAUGGCGGCACAUUAAAUCGGGUGAUAAUCCAACCCAACCUGAUGCGAUUUCAAGAAGUCAAUUACCUCCUAAGUUCUCGCGAAAUCAGAUAUGA